AUGUAUGAAAAAGAUAAGGAUAUCAGUUACUUAUUGAAUGCAUACACUUUAAGAUCAGAAUUAUAUGGUUCAAAUCCUAGAUUAGCUCAUAUAAAUCAUUUUGGUCACUAUAAAAGGAUACAAUUAUUAAAUGAAUAUGUAAAUAAUAAUAAUAAUAAUAAUAAUAAUUCAACAACUACAAAUACAACAACAAAUACAACAACAACAAAUACAACAACUACAACUACAAAUUCAUAUAGAAAUACAAAUACAAAUAGCGAAUAUUUAAAAUUAAAUGAUACAUUAGUAUCACAAAUUGGAUUAGAUUCUAUAAUACAGUAUGAUCCUUCAAAAUGUCCAUUUUGGGUUUCAUGGUCACCUGAUAAUUCAUAUAUUGCUUUAUCAACAAAUGAUUCAGUUGAUAUAUUUGAACCAAAUUCAGGUGAAUUAUUAUAUAAUAUUAGAGAUCAUGAACAAGUUGUAUCAAUGGCAAUUUGGUUUAAUAAAGCGUAUGGUGAAAAUGAAGAACAAUAUUAUGGAAAUUUUAGAGAAGAUUAUAAUCAAGAUGAUAUAGGGUCAUUAAUGAAUAAAAGACAAAAAAUUUCAAUAAAUAGUAAUAGUAAUAGUAAUAAUAAUAAUAAUAGUAAUGGUUUUAAUUAUAAUUAUAAUAAUAAUAAUAAUAAUAAUGAAAUACAAGGAUAUUUAAAACAAAAAACAUCACAAGCAACUUAUAAGAGAUCAAUUAUAUCACCAUUUAAUUCAUUUUUAACAUGUUCAUUAGAUCAUACAAUUAAAGUUUAUAAGAAUUUUCAAUUGGUGACAACACUUAAAGAACAUGAUGAUUGGUUGAAAUCAAUGGAGUUAACAAUGGAUGAUUCGAUAUUAUUGAGUGGUUGUGCAUCGUCGACCAUUUGUGGAUGGGAUAUGAAUUAUGGUAAAAUCUUUUUCAGAUUAGAUAAAGCUCAUCCAUCCGAUGACAGUAUUGGCAAUUUAAAUACUAUAAACAGUAUGAAAUUUCAUCAUUUCGAUAACAAUGUUUUCAUAUCUGGUGCACGUUAUGGUACUAUGCGUAUGUGGGAUCUUAGAGAGGGCUUCAAAACUCCGAUUUUCAGCGUACAAGCUCAUAACAAAUUAAAUGUUCUCCAUUGGACAAUGGAUGACCGUCAGAUUCUAUCGAGUGGUCGUGAUAAUACUAUCAGACUUUGGGAUACGAGAUUAUUGGUUUCUUCACCCGCCACCAAAGUUAAAGGAUUGGGUGAUGGUGAAAGUAAAGUAGAGAUAAACAAAGAGAGUGGUCGUGUUAUAACAACAAACACUUCCAUUGGUAUUGUCAAAGAGUAUAGAAAACAUAGAUGUAUGGGCUACAAUGUAGGUUGUUCUUUCAUUAAUAACGAUCGUCAAAUUGUGUCAGGCUCAGAGGAUAGACAUGUCUAUAUCUAUGAUACUCAAAGUGGUAAUGUAUUAAAAAGGGUGGUAUCUCAUAAAUCUCCAGUUCAUUUAGUACCGGUGGCAAAUAAUAUCAAUGAUAAUCAUUAUCAAAGUAGUUGUAAUAGAAAUUCAGUAAUUAGUGGUUUAAAUGAUUUUAGAAUUGCUGUAGCUUCAAUUGAUUCAAGUGACAUUCACAUUUUGUCACCACAAAUCGUAGAUAUUGAAGAUGAUGAUCAUUUAUCGAAUAAUACACAAUCAUCAUCAUCUGCUAAUACUACUUCUACUGCAUAUGGUGGUAGUGGUGGUGGUGGUGGUGGUAGUGGUAGUUCAUUUGUAACCAAUGCAAAUAAUGGAAUUAAAAUAUUAUCCUAUCUUCAACGUGUGACUAUGGAAAGUUUAAUGAAUAAAUUUGGUGAUAAAUUAUUUCAAUUUUAUCAUAAAAACAAUUUACCACCAUCAAAUAGUAGUAAUUUAAGCGAAGGUAUUAAUAGGUCCGAUGAUAAAUCAGAAUUUCAAUCUUUAAAUAAAACUAUUGAAGCUGAAUAUAAAUUACAAUUAUUUUUAGAAUCUAGAAAAAUCACAAGAAAAUUGAAAAUGUCUGAAAAAGAUUUUAUGAAAUUAUUAUUCGAUGAUGCCACCAUCAAUGAAGCUUCCCUUUUCGAUGAUACUGAUUUUGAUUCUGAAAAUGAACAACAAAUUCAAGAACAACAAGAUCAAAGAAUUGAUGAACAAUUAUUUAAUAAUGGUGAAAGUUUCUCACCAUUAUUAUCUCAUUUAAGUGGUUUAAUAAUUAAUGAAGAUGGUGCACUUGAACAAGGUGAUUUCGAUCAAUUAGAUUUUUUAAAUGAUGAUGAAGAUGAUGAAGAAGAUGAUGAUGAUGAUGAUGAUGAUGAUGAUGAUGAUGAUGAUGAUGAUGAUGAUGAUGAUGAUGAUGAUGAUGAUGAUGAAGAUGAUGAAGAAGAGGAAGAAGUUGAAGAAGUGGAAAUGGAAGAAGAAGAAGAAGAAGAUGAUGAUGAUGAAGAUGAUGAUGAUGAUGAUUACUUUGAUGUAGAAGAAGAUAUAGCUUAA